UCGUGCCAUUUUUCCAUGACACCGCGUGGAAAGAUAAGGCUCGCCUAUAAAAACACAUCUCAGGUGGUUCCCUUGUCCGUGGAACCUGACGGAUCCGCCACGAUGCUGCCGCUGUGGACAUUUGCAGUGCUGCUGGGAGCGGUAGCUGGACGAGAAGUCUGCUAUGACAGACUAGGCUGCUUCAGUGAUGAUUCCCCAUAUGGAGGAACUUUGGAAAGGCCUCUCAAAAUGCUGCCCUGGUCUCCAAAAGUUGUCAACACCCGCUUCCUCCUGUACACUAACGAGAAUCCCAACAAUUACCAAGUGAUCACUGCAGAUGCAUCAAGCAUCAGGAGCUCCAACUUCAAAACAAACAGAAAAACCCACUUCGUCAUCCAUGGGUUCACAGACAAGGGGGAAGACAGCUGGCUGUCCAGUAUCUGCAAGAACAUGUUCCAGGUGGAAAAUGCAAACUGCAUCUGCGUGGACUGGAAGGGCGGCUCCCGGACUGGAUACACUCAGGCCACACAGAACGUGCAAAUCGUAGGCGCAGAAAUCGCCUACUUGGUGAAAGCCCUUCAGUCCAACUUUGGAUACUCUCCCUCCAACGUUCACCUCAUCGGCCACAGCCUGGGCUCCCAUGUUGCUGGCGAGGCUGGAAAGAGGUUGAAUGGGGCCAUUGGACGAAUUACAGGUUUGGAUCCAGCUGAGCCUUACUUUCAGAAUACACCCGAAGUUGUCCGACUGGACCCCAGUGACGCCCAGUUUGUGGAUGCCAUUCAUACCGAUUCUGCCCCCAUGGUCCCCAACAUGGGGCUAGGAAUGAGCCAAACCGUGGGUCACUUAGACUUCUUCCCAAACGGAGGGAAAGAAAUGCCUGGGUGCCAGAAGAAUGCCCUCUCUCAGAUUGUCGACAUGGAUGGGAUCUGGGAAGGGAGCCGUGACUUUGUGGCCUGCAAUCAUCUAAGAAGUUACAAGUAUUAUACAGACAGCAUCGUCAACCCAACUGGCUUCGCAGGGUUCUCUUGUGCCUCAUACAGCGACUUCACUUCGGACAAGUGCUUCCCCUGUCCGAGUGGAGGAUGCCCACAGAUGGGCCAUUACGCUGACAGAUACUCUAGGAAAACAAGUGGAGUCGGCCAGAAAUUUUUUCUAAACACCGGGGAUGCUAGCAAUUUCGCUCGCUGGAGGUACCAGGUGACUGUCACCCUGUCUGGACAGAAAGUCACAGGACACGUACUGAUCUCCCUGUUUGGAAGUGGAGGGAACUCUAAGCAGUAUGAAAUUUUCAAGGGCUCUCUCCAAUCUGGAAAGACUCUUACCAGUGAGUUCGACUCUACUGUGGAUGUCGGGGAUCUGCAGAAGGUUAAAUUUAUUUGGUACAACAACGUGAUCAACCCAACUCUACCCAAAGUGGGGGCAUCAAGGGUCGCAGUGGAAAGAAACGAUGGUAGAGUGUUCAACUUCUGCAGUUCUGACACUGUGAGGGAGGACGUCCUACUCACUCUGGCAUCGUGUUAAGAACCUGUUGACAAGGGGACCACGGCGGCACCAAGCUGCUAAUAAAAUCUAGCAGUGAAGCUAUCCUGCAGUUGGAAGGUUUUUUUUUUUUUCUCUGUCUCACUGGACCAGUUUUUUUCCCACUGGCCGGGUCCUCGCAGCUGCUUAUGAAAUAAUCACACCAAAGCUAAUAUUAUUAAAUUAUAAUUGUUUGGUCAA